AGCGCUCGCGCCCGCCGCCGCCACCGCCACCGCCGCACGCUACUCCGCAGACGGCGGUCGUCGAGCGGGCCCUCCGUUGCGCCGACGGUAGCGCACGCUUUUUUCCAUUGCAGCCUGCGCGGAAGGCUUCGCGGCUCCAUCCCUCCUCAAUCCCUCGAACCCUAUGGCGUUCUGGGGCGUGGAGGUGAGGCCUGGCAAGCCCUACACGCACAGCCACAACCCCUCCCAUGGCCGUCUCCGCAUUUGUCAGGCUACACUGGGCUGUUGUGAUGCUGCUACAAGGACGGUGGUGCAGUGUAAUGUUGGUAACAAGACACCCGUCAAACUUUGCAGUUUGAAUCCUAGAUUGGCUGAGAUGUGCCAUCUAGAGAUCGAAUUGGAGGAGGACGAGGAUGUUCUUUUCUCAGUACUCGGUCAGAGUUCUGUUCAUCUCUCUGGGUAUUACCUCCAUCCAAGCACCAGAUGCAAUGCAGGAGGCGAAGAAUCAGAAUCUUAUGGCGAGGAUGUGGGGGAGUCUGAUACUGCUGAGGAGGAUAUUGUGAGUGAUGACAGCUAUGAAUCUGACUUUAUCGAUGAUGGUGAUGUGUGCUCCUCCCCUGAUCGCCAUAAAAAGGAAGCUGUUGAAAAGCAAGCUGGUAAGGGUGAAAGACGGAAACACUUAAAGAAAAAGAACCAAGUUGACAGCACUGAUGACAACAAUGAUGAUUCCCCAUACAAGCCUGCUGUCAGGCGCAAGGCUUCUUUAAUAUUUGAUAGUGGCAGUGAAGAUGAAGAUUACAUGCUUGGAUCUUAUUCAUUAGGUAAGAAAGAUAAUGGUAAAGUUUCUGUGGAGAUCAAGCCUGAAAAUGUUCAGCCGAAUGGUGAGACUGUAAGGAAGAGUAAGGAGGCCAUGAAAAGAAAACAUGAUGCCAUCAGUCAGAAUCCUGCACCACCGAAGGAUGUAGUAGUAGAAGCUGAAGUAAAAUUGAAGUUGAAGAAAAAUAAGAAGACCUCACUGGAGACAGAAGAUGGGAAGCAAUCUGACAACAGAAGAACAUUGGAAAAUGGGUUGAUUGUAGAAGAUCUGUCAGCAGGAAACAUAGAUGCACCGCUGGCUUCCAAUACCAGCAAGGUUUAUAUCAACUAUAUCGCCAUGCUGCACGAUGGGAAAACUGUUGAGUCCAAUGUCGGGGAAAAGCCUUACAAGUUUAAGCUUGGAGCUGGGAAAGGAAAGCCUGGAUGGGAUGAUGGAAUUUGUGGCAUGCGUGUUGGAGACAAAAGGAGGCUAACUGUCCCACCAUCCAUGUUAAAUGGUCAUAAAUCUGCGGAGAAAAUACCAAAAGGUCAGUCAGCAAUCUAUGAAGUAGAGUUGGUGAAAGUUCGAUAAACUGAAGAUGCACUCCAAGCUUCGUGUUGAUGUCCUAUGCUGAAGGCUGCAAUACAAGCACAUGGAUGGCAGAUUCCGUAGCUUAUUCUGAAAAACACUAGAGGAUAUAAUCUAGUAAAAUCUGUUUGCUACUCAUAUUGCACCAUAGGACAUUUUCAACUAUUUUUCAGCUGGUAUCAUCGACAGUAGAUUUUGUAUGACUGAUCCAGUGGAUGUUCUGAUUUUGCUUUGCACACCAUGAAAAUGGUGAAAACUGUUUAGCACUCCACUGUUUGUCAUCAGUAAAGUAGUACUGUUCUCGUCGUU